GUGGGGUGGGGGGCGGCGUUGCAAAUGUUGUCAGUUUUAAUAAGCCUCACAGCACUUUGCAGGCGAUUACGAUCUCCUGUAGCUACUGUAUAUUUGUAAGCGACGGCGGCAUCCAGUGCGCACGAAGCCCGGUCCCAAACUCAGGAUGUGAGGAGUGAAGCGAAGCUGGUGGUUGGGUGGGUCAAUCAGAUGAUUGACGGCCUGUGUUGUUGCCUGUCUCUGCCUCGCUCUCUGCCCAGGUUGUGUGUGUGUGUGUGUGUCAGAAUGGACGGUCUGGAGCAGAUGCUGACGGAUCCGCUGGAGCUGGUAUCGGGCGGAGUGGUCAAUGGCAUCAUGGAGGAGUGCUUGUUGGGAGGCACCAGGGUCAGCCUUCCCGAGGACCUGCUGGAGGAUCCUGAGAUCUUUUUUGAUGUCGUGAGCGGCAGCACUUGGGACGAGGUUCUGUCUGAGUCCCAGCGGGAACACCUCAGGAAGUUCCUGCCCCACUUACCGGAGAACGAGAGGGAGCAGCAGAACGGCAUCAUUUCCGAUCUCUUCGAGGGGGAGAACUUCCGUUUCGGCAACCCUCUGCACAUCGCUCAGAAACUCUUCCGAGAUGGCCACUUUAACCCCGAAGUUGUGAAGUACAGACGGCUGUGUGUGAAGUCCCAGUAUAAACGCUAUUUGUAUUCUCAACAACAUUACUUCCACAAGCUGCUGAAACAGAUCCUGGUCUCCAGAAAGGAGCUGUUGGAGCUGGCUAGGAAAAGUGGCCCUGACGCGAGUCUGAGGAGGAAAUACCGAACAUCGGUCAGCGAGAAGGAGGAGGAGAAGCGAGCGCAAAGACGCUAUGAGAAGAUCCUGCGGGAGGUGAAGGAGGAGUGUGAAGAUAACACCAUCUCUUCUGAUGAGGAAGAUGUAACCUCAUGGCUUCCGAGUUCUCCAACGCAUCCCACCAGCCCCAGUGUGGUCUUAAGAGCAAUACCAACUCUGUCCACACAGGACAUGAAGACAAUGGAUAAGUAUGAACUGGGAGAUGACGAUUUGAAAAUGAUGUUAAGGAAACAUCUUGAGAAGCGAAAACGCCAUCCGGACCAUCCAGAUCUGGCAACUGGAGACUUGACCCUGAGCGACAUAAUUGCUCGGGUGAACACUGGCCGAAGAGGGUCCCUGGCUGCUCUGCUAGAUUUCACGCUGCCAAAGAAGAAAGUGAAAGAGAAAGAGGAGAGGAAGAAAAAGAAGCUGAAGGUGAUCAAAACAGAGCCGGAGGAUCUGACUGAGUCGUCGGGGGCGGAGGGGCCGCUCCCACCUCCCCCCGAGUCACAACCCCAACCCCGGCCACUAGCCAUCGCCGACCAGGCUCUGGAUGUGCCGAAGCCGGCUGCGGUGCCUGGCAUCGCUGGCUGUUUCUUCAGCUUGUUACAGGAGAUCCUGCUGGCGGAGGGCGAGGGCAGUCUAGCCGUGAUUGAGGAGAAGGUGCUGGAAUGGCAGAUCUCCGCAGCUAGCGCUCUCAACCUCUGGUAUUCCGUGGCCUCCAACUGGACUGAGCUCGUGCUUCCUGCUCUGCGCUUCCUCGCCGGGGAAAGCACAGGAGGACUGGCAGCCCUUCCGCCCAACUUCACUCCCUACGUGAGCUGCAGAGAGCGAGGCCAGUGGAAGUGGAUUGGUUCCAGCCGGGACUCGGAACAAGAAAUUACGUCCCUGUGUCUCCUGUGGCUGGAGACCAAGCAGCAGGUCUUCCCCAAGGUCGAGAGCGAGGAGCUCGCAGAUGUGACCCCACCUACCCCCAGGGUGAGAACAGACUACGUGGUGAGACCGAGCACGGGAGAGGAGAAGCGUGUUUUCCAGGAGCAGGAACGCCAGCGAUACAGCCAGCCUCACAAAGCCUUCACGUUCCGCAUGCACGGGUUCGAGUCCAUGGUCGGGCCAGUGAAGGGAGUGUUCGACAAGGAUCCGUCGCUGAAUAAGGCACGAGAGCACUCGCUGCUCCGAUCGGAUAGGCCAGCGUACGUCACCAUCCUGUCCCUGGUGCGUGAUGCAGCUGCCCGCCUGCCGAACGGCGAGGGGACCCGAGCGGAGAUCUGUGAGCUGCUGAAGGACUCGCAGUUUCUGGCUCCAGAGGUGACCAGCGCUCAGAUUAACACUGUUGUCAGUGGUGCUCUUGACCGGCUACACUACGAGAAAGAUCCGUGUGUUAAAUACGACAUCGGCCGGAAGUUGUGGAUUUACCUCCACCGGAACCGCAGUGAGGAGGAGUUUGAGCGGAUUCACCAGGCUCAGGCUGUAGCUGCUAAAGCUAAAAAAGCCUUACAACAGAAACCCAAACUGACAACCAAGAUUAAGCCCUCCGGCAAGGAAAGUGGAGGAAAAGCCUCCGCCUGUGAGCAGUUACUGCCGGACCCCAGCCUGCCCCCGACCCCCCUCACCCCCGGACCCCCAGCGACCCCCACCACUCCCGUCACCCCCACGUUACCGGUCACGCCCACAUCACCGCCCGCAUCCGCCGAGGUCAGCAAAAACCCAACCACCAGUGCACCAGAGCUGCCCAAGUCUAACCAAAGUGUCCUGCUGGUGUCCUCGCCCACGAUGCCUCAGCUCAGCACCCUGCUGUCGGCAGCCCAGCCUGGGCAUCGGGUCAGCACGCAGCCCCAGGCCCGGGUGGUGUCCCAUUCCCUGUCGGGCUCUCUGCCCCAGGUCCGGGUUCUCAGCUCCCAGAAAGGCCUGCCCUCCAGCGCUCAGCAGGCCUCCGUGGUGCAGCAGGUCCAACAGCAGAUCAGGCUUCCCACUGUCAGUGCCUCCACUCACACCAAGGUGCUGCCUCAGUCGGUUAUGACGGUGCCGGUGAAGGCCCAGACAGGUGCCGGCCCGGUGCAGAUCCAGCAGAGCGCUGGGAAAACCAUCACCGUCAGUGGGAUCGGCGCUGCUUCCAAAACCGUGACCAGCGCCAUCAGCAGCACAGCGUCAACCUCCGCUGCCACCAUUAUCCAGAGCGUGUCCGGCCAGAGCAUCGUACGCCAGGUUGCCAUCUCCGGGCAGCUUGGAAUGAAGGGUCCGUCCGGUACGGGAAUCCCGCUCACGGCCACUAACAUCCGUAUCCAGGGUAAGGACGUCCUGCGAUUGGCUCCGUCUUCCAUCACCACCGACUCCAAGGGCCAGACUGUGCUGCGCAUCACCCAGGACAUGAUGGCCACGCUGACCAAAGCCCCGGUCACCACUGUCAAGCUGACCCCGGACAUGCUCGGGGCUAAAGGGAUCUCGGCCACUCUGCACAUGAACUCGAAGGACUCUGUGGCCAAAGCGUUGACCAAGACCACCACCUCCUCCUCCUCCACGAUGGUGAAGGUGACGUCGGAUCUGAAAGCCACCGAGGCGAGCGCUAACAACACAGCCAUCCGGCUCAUGCCGGCCUUAGCCAUGACGGUGGCUGAUCAGAAGGGCAAGGCCGGCUCUGCUCCCUCCUCCACGGACACCAAGCCGGCGGCCACCAUCAGGAUCAUGCCGGGAUUGGGAGUCAUCCCGCAGAAGGCCGGCCAGACCAUCUCUGUGACUUCCGGCAAACAGCUGACCUCGGCCAAACCGGCCGCGACGGUGACGACGGCCUCGGUGGCUCUGGCCGCGGUCAGUACGGCGGGGGCCACGACCGUCACUAUGGCGGCACCGGGAGUCGGGAGGUCCAUCUCAAUCGGCAAAGGCACGGCUACCGUCAGGCAGGUCCCCGUCAGCGCCACCGUGGUCUCCACGUCGCAGGCGACGAAACUGCCGGCAACGAUCACCGUGCCUCUGUCAGUGCUGAACCAACCACUGAAAGGCAAAGGCUUGAUGGCAGGACCGAUCAUCAAGGGAAACCUCGGGGCCAAUAUCAGUGGGCUCGGCAGGAACAUCAUUCUGACCACCAUGCCGGCUGGGACCAAGCUGCUGGCGGGGAACAAGCCGGUCAGCUUUGUGACAGCCCAGCAACUGCAGCAACUCCAACAGCAAGGCCAGGCCACCCAGGUGAGGAUCCAGCACGUUUCGGCACAGCAGCUUCACUCAGGCACCGCCGUGGGCUCCACCAAACCCGGCUCCACCAUGGUCGUGACCACCGCCCCCUCCAUGAAGCAGACACAAGAUCAAUGAUGGUUGUGCCGGUGGCUCGGAGAGUCUCGAGUGCGAGACAUUAAUUAUUUAUUGCCCAUGUUUCCCAAUUUCCUGCUCAAUACCGAGAGCACCAACACUGGUCAGUGUGUUCACUGAGUGUCACCUCGUCUGGCUCUAUGUUGGAGUCAGUGGUUAGAGUGCUCGUCUCGCAAGCGAGAGGUCCCGGGUUCGAUUCCCUGGCAAGGCUAAACCUCAGGCAAGGUUCUUUACUCCACACACAAGCCUCAGGUUACCCGGCAGUAAGUAGG